GUUAAUCAAAUUUCAUUUUUUCUUGAAUAGCUCGUUUGAAAGGAAGCUAGAUCUUUCACCAGUUCCUUACACGAUCGGAUUGUCCAGACUAUUAGAAUUUGUACAUUUAAAUGCUCGGCGAAUAGGGCGUUCACACAUGUACACGCGCAGUAGAGGAUGUCUGUGAUUGGGUGUGUGCCUAGCGAACCGCGCGUGGUACUGUGGAGACCCAAACAGCAUCAACAGACAACCAGAGAAUACCAAACCGAGACAAGACUCCAGCACCGACACACCUACUAGUAAUACCGCUGAGAAAUUGACAAACAUAAGAAAAUGUCAGCUUGUUAAAUUGGCACCACGUAGCUUGCAUCUCAAUUGCACAGGAAGACUAGUCGUCUUUGUAUCUUUCAACGUUUGUGCACAGGCUAUAUUGCUGCAUGCGCACACCCGAGUGUAUCACGAGUGGUGGGCUUAAGUUAAAUCAGCCAGGAAAAAAAUAACACAUAAUGACUGCGUGCGAUUAUUAUUGUCAUCACGCAAGGACUCGUCAAAUUGACCGGCAAGUGCAACAUUUAGGAUAGUCUAUCCGAAGCAUCAGCAUGGGUUCUCGCCUGAGCCGUCAGAACAGUCUGGACAACGAGAAUUUUUCAAGGAGGCGGCGCAAGCAUCUCGACAGCACCGGAGAAAGCGACAGGAGUGGAAGUCGUGGCAGCGGAGACUUCUUGUUUACAUCGCUGAUGCUGAAGUCGGACAAGCUACCGGGGAUGCUGCGCCGAACCAACCACAGUCCCUACGUGCGACGAGUCACCUGGAUCCGAGAGAUCCAAAAACUGCUCCGCGAGCACAAGCUCGAGCAGGCGACAGACGUGCUGAAAUUAUUGAGGAAGGACCUGGGUUUGGAGGGAACAUCCCUAAACGAUAUCUUAUAUAAGAAUGCUGCCUUCCUCAAUCUGGUGGAUCCCAUCUCCCACGAUUUGCUGCUAAGUCUGGCCAGAGACAUGCAGUGCCCAAAGAAGGAUGCUCAGGACACUCUGAAGUCCUCGGAUAAAAUCUGCCGGCAGCUCAUCUACCACCUGACGCCACACUCCAAGUGGCUACGCCAGAGCAUGUCCCGGAGAAAGUCACAGGCCUGCUUGAAAAACACCCUCCAGAAGAAGCAGUCCGCCGAGUCGGUGGACCUCUCCGGAAUCCCGCUCUCCACGCGCGACGUCCGGCACGUGACGCUCCACCUCCAGACCAGCGGGGCCGCCGUGUCCGCCGUGGACCUGAGCUUCUGCGAGCUGCGCGACGAGGGCCUGUGCCUGCUGCUGCCCGUGCUGGCCGCGCUGCCCAAGCUCACCACGCUGGCGCUCAACGGCAACCGGCUCACGGUGGCGGUGGUCAAGGAGCUGACCGAGACGCUCAAGGACCCCAAGAGCUUCUCGUGCCUGGCCUGGAUCGACCUGGGCAACAACCUGGACAUCUUCACCAUGCCCCAGCCCUUGCUGGUGGCACUGCGCCGGCGCUGCAGCCUCAAGAGCAGCCUGCCCACCAUCUACGAGUACACAGAGGGCCAGCCCUACUGCUACCGAAUGGAGGCCUCCAUCGAGGAGCCCAGUGUCUACGAGGAGGAGGAGGAGGAAGAGGUGGAGGUGGAGGUGGAGGAGGAGGAGGAGGAAGAGCUAGAGGCUUGGGGUAUUGCCGAGGACGUGAAGGGUUCGCCUAGUUUUACUCUGCAUUAUUGCGAAAGGUGAAUCCGACACCCCCCUUUCCCCCUGUGGCAAACACACACACCUCCCCAACACCAUGAACAACAGCCGUGCCGACAACAAGCGGGAGUUAAAGAGGCAAAAGCAGAAACGACAGAGAAAGAAAGGGAGAGGGAGUGAGAGCGAGAGAAAGAGAUAGAGAGAGAGUGUAACAUGUCCUUCCUCAAUCAAGCACUUCUCUCAGUCCAAAUACCUUUGACACCUUCUUUCUCCUCUUAUCACUAUAGCAAAAUGAACUGUAAGGUCACCCCCAUCGUGGCAAACAGUAAUACCAUCAGUCAAAGAUGUGUUACUAACAUACAUUUGACUAAAACAACUGUGUGUUCACCUCAGUAAAUAACAAAAAAUACACCCCACCGGUGACAGUUGCUGUGUGCGAUGUCUGUUUCCGGCGGGUGCCACGUGUUGGACAUGAAGCACCUGCGUCAGUGACUUACUGUGUUGGUGGAUGGUGCCCCUGGGAGUGAGGUGGGGGUUCAUUUGAGGGGGGGCUAGAAGAGUCUUCCGGAAAGGUGUUCUCUUCUCCCCUCAGCCUUCUCACGCGGCGGAGCAGUGGCCGGCCGUGGUCCUGCUGAAAAAACAAAGUUCCCAAAACCGGCGGCGUGGCAAAGAUCAGACAAGACGCUCGACACUCAACCACAUGGCCCCCCCGCUGGCUCCACUGAUGGCGGAAGGUUUGGGACGAUGACCCAGCCCGAUCUGACGGCGUUUCGUUUUUUUUUUUCCUUCUCUUUUUUUUGUGUGUUUUUUUUUCUUUUUGAUUAGCUGGGUUGGCGUGCGCUAAGCCCCGAUGAUCGUGUUUUCCCCCACAGCGUAACUGAGACCCUCACUCUGGCAGCCCACUGGGCCUAGCUUCCCUUACACUGUGUGUGCAUGUGUGUGUGUGUGUGUGUGUGUGUGUGUGUUCCCGUUAGUGUGUACGUGUGUAUUCGUCCCUGUGUGUGUGUGUGUGUGUGUGCUUGUGCGUGUGUAUGCUGCGCUGUGUGUGUGCUCUGUUAAUCUCUCAACAAAAGCAAUGAAACCCGCUCAACAGACUACACAGCCGACGGACCGUCACGUGACGGCCGCAAAACUGCUAAGUCAAGACUUUUGCAUUUUUCCCCCCCUUUCCAAAACGUUCACUUGUGAAUGCCCAUGCACCACUUGUGUCGUGUAGUCGUGAAUAAUGAUACAAAACAUUGCGCUGUUGUAUUCGCUAUAGGCUGUUUUUUUCACUCUGUCUUUUUUCCUUUGCAUUGUGUGUUGAUAAUGAACAAAGCAGUCUUAGAAGACAACAAGUGCAACGGAACAAAGGGUUCUCUAGUUGUGUUUGACUGUCACCUCCUUGCUUCAUUGCUUUUCUGAUGUUAUUUUCGGCUGUUUAUCGAUAUCAAGCUCAUUCUGUCUCACUCCAGGGCGAAUACUAAUGAGCCAUUGGUAGAAAAAUGGCUUAAUUGGCUGUUUCUUAGCUUUUGGCUAAUCAAAGAAAAGGAUCAUCAGACAACAAGUUCAAAGAGAUAUCAAACAGCACAUUACAGGUCAUCAGUGAGCCAUUGUAGCACAAAUUUGAGUUAUCCUUUAUACAUUAUGUGCUGAAACCAAAAUAAAAAUUAUGUUAUACGUCAUCUGCUAAAAUAAAUAGAUAGAUAGAAAGGACCCCAUAGAGAGAACAUUCUUAUAAAAAUAGAAUCAUCAGUGACACCAGGGCAGAAAUAGCUACUGUGGCAGAUAGUCUGAUGAUCGAGUUGAACCAAAUCGAGUUUCACAGAUAGUGAGAGACUGUGGACCACAGAGGGCACAUCUUGCUGUUUGCAGAGGUUUUUGUAAAAAGUUUAAUUGUAGUGGAACAUUAACUAAUUACAGACAAGAUACUAUCACUUUACCACUUGCAGUCAAAACACGUUUUUAUUCAAACAUUAUAGGCUACUUCAUCGUUCAUUACAAUAGCUUAACACAUUCUGAGAAUGACCUAAAAAUAAUGGUGGAUUCACGCAAAUAUGAGUUUGUUCAUUCGGGGUGCUGAUAAACACAAAGCUUGUAGCCUCCUGGCAAAUGCUCAGCAGCCAAUCAAAUUAAACACUUUCCUUCAGCAGCCUAAUCUGUAGCCUACUGUAUGUACACUACAGUGUUCCUCAUGUCUCUCGUGUGGAAACAUAAAAUAAGGUUACAGAAUGGGUCGAACGGUAGGAAAUUAUACAGUUAAAAAUACUUCUCUGAUAAGCACACACACUUAGAAUAGCUAUAGCUAUUAGUUAUGCUCCCGAUUCUACUUUUCAUUUUUCUCAUUCUUAAAACUUGAAACUUCGCCUCAUACUGAGAAGUGGGCUUUUUUGAGAGGAAGGGGGGAAGAGGAAUAGGCAUUUGGGGUCUGAAAUCAUUUGGGGAAAACCCUGUUGCCUCUCUAACUGACAGAACUGAAGUGAUGCCUGGAUUGCUUCAAAACAAUCCAUUAGAGGGUUCCUGUUUUCAGACACUGCUGGAAGACUGGUGUCACGCUAUUCAACAAUAUUUUCUUUCUUCAGCUCUUACGAUGUAAACAAUUACAAUGAUAUAUCCUAUAGCUAUUGACAUUGACUUAUUUAAGUUUUUAAAAUGUUUUUACUUAUAUUUCAUUAAAAAAAAAGAUAGACACACCAAGAAUGACAGAAAUCUAUGCAAUGGAUUUCUUGGAAAUAGCUAUGAUUUCUCCUUGGGCACUAGUGGAUGGAUUUUUGUUAGAGUUGUGGCCCUCACCUGCUCGAGUGAACCAGCUGUGGCUGUAUAGAAAUUCAGUUAUUGGUUGAUUGUUACAUCCAAAGCCCCACCAUGUCCGACUUACACAGUAGCACAGCAGUAGCACUGUAGCCUGUAGCACUUACAAGCCUACAAGCCUAUAGUGUUAAUAAACCUACAGUAACCAUACUUAACUGAGGGAAAUCAUGGAAGACUAUUAUUAUAUUCCCAAAGACUGAAAUGUAUUAUUUUUAAUCUCUGUGAUGUUAAUGCAUAAUCAUUACAGCAGAAGGGCUGCACAAAUGAGUCCUUCAAAUAAAUAUGUGGGCAGCCAUACAAGGUACAUUAAGGUGCAUAGCAUACCCAUCUGAUUUGUUCAUUGCUAUCCAAAUAAGACAAGUCAGAGAAGCUCAAUAUUAAAAUAGUGUAUUGCCUCAUCACAGCCUGUGUACACGGCAGAAAUGGUGGACCCCUGCUAGUUUUGUAAUGAAUAAUACACAGGAGAUAGACAUAACAUACACAGCCAAGUACGCUUUUGGCCAAACUACACUUUUCCACUUGGCAACCAGAGAAGCGAAUAAAUUAAAAAAGUCAUUGAAUGUUUUUGUGCUGCAGACCAAACUUAAUGGUGUGGACUGUGUCUGUCCCCGGGAGCAUUCUUAAAUGAGAGGGGAAAGAUUAGUAUUUAUGGUGAGCCACCGAGAAUAAUAAAAGGAUUGUUUUCAUUCUCUUGUCCUUCACCAGACUCCCUGCCCUGUCUGAUUAAAUGUCCUGUGUUUUAGAUGUCAUUGACCUAUUAUGGUAUUUUAUUCAAGAUUCAAGAUAUUCAAGAUAUAAAUAUUCAAGGCAGUAAUGUUUAUCUGGGUUGAGAGAGUGCUACUUUAUAUGAAGUGAGAGUGUGUGUGUGUGUGUGUGUGUGUGUGUGUGUGUGUGUGUGCGGGUGCGCGCAUGGUUGUGUGUGUAUGUGUAUGUGUCUUUGCUUACUUCCUGGUUGUAUGGAUAGAUAAAUAACGACUGUUUCAUCAAAUCAAUACAAAUAAUCUUUGCAGUAUCGCAAGUGUGUUAGAGUGUUUUGGAUUACAUGGAGAGGUGAAGUUAAAAUACACUCCAGCAGCCAUUAUUGAUGCUUUACUCGGCAUCUAGUACAAGUGCACCUCUAAUUGAUGUCUCAUACUCUCGACCACUUCCAUCGUUUGUAUAGCCCUUUAAAAGCAAAGCACAGAAAUGUUCUAGAAUGUAACAGAGGGUUCCAUGACACAAGCUCUAUGGGGAAGCAAAGAAAGGUUGUCAGAUGACCUUCAAGGACCUUUUCAAUGUAAGAUAAAAUAACAGAUGGAGAGCUGUAUUUUGUAGUCGGUGCACUUUAAACAGUUCUGUCUCACUUUGAAAUAUGAAGUCAGUUUAUGACAUGUUUAAAUGUAGCAUUUUAACUUUUACUCAGUGUUGGUUUCAUUGUUUUAAUAUUUAUUCAAGACAGUUGCUGUUUCAAAUUUGUAUUCCUAGCAUUUUAAAAGUUUGUCUUGUGAUCUGUGUCAGUGUACUGUAUUUCUAUGUGUAGUAUUUUCUCAUCUGUGUGAAUCAAUUACGUGUAUGCACAUAUCUGUUGUGUCUGAAUGCUGAGUAUUAUUCUCGUCAGUGUAGUUGCUUUAGCCUUGUGUCUUACUAAAGCUCCGGAAGGUUCUUUAGAGAGCAUGCAACAUCGUUCGGGAGAAAAGUGGAUUGUGGAACAGACCCAGUCGUGAUCAGGACCGUGAUGCUCUUUAGUGUCUGUCGUUGUUGCUUUCCGGAACACAACAAUGACUCACCUGUCGUUGUUUGAGUUUCUUGUCCACAGUCCAGCAUUGUGAGGUCCAGAAUUAAACACUUGAGGACAUUUUUUUGCAAUUGGUUUGGCACAUUUCUCAAAGGAUAAUGGACAAUCUGAAAGCACAACAGUAAUUUGCUAUUUGUUAUUUGUUUGUAAUGCUGAUGCAUACGGACAAUUGUCUGUUGUAAUAUAAAUAAUACACUAGUCUACAUUCACCCUGUUUAUCAUUAUUGUGAUCCUGCUCAUAUUGAAUAGUUUUACCUGCAAAUACAUUGGUGUGACAAACGUGACAAAACAAAUCAUCGGAAACAAACUCCAUCCACAAAUUUGGGGAGUGGGGAUCUUUUUAUUUUGUAAGUCCAGUGAACUUGUCCCUUUCUUGAGUGACUGAUAAUGAUUCACUCUAAGUCUUUUGAAAGCCAGGGGUUGUGUACAGAAUGUGUACAGAAAGCCAAAGAGCUGAGGCUGUUCUGAGGGAAUUUACAAUAACUAAUCAAAUAAAUAUUGAGGCGAGAGUUAUUUACUAUUAAAACACACAUGAAAACAACUGAGCAAGUUACAGGCUUUAACAGGUUGUGCGUGUUGUUUCCUGCUGAAAUGCACUUCAUUUUGAAAAUGUUGAGCAAUGUGCCAAAACAAUUCAGUAAAAAAGAGAACUAUAAGCCAUGUGUUCCAGAGUGCGAUGAGCUCUUUGGUCAAGAGUCUAGCAGUAGAACCCCGAUAGCUGUGUGCAGUGAGCCUGGCCAAUCAGACCCGUGAAUCGGGCCAGAUCCAUUGUCACAGCCAAUCAGCUACUGUCUGGUUGUGUUUUUGAAAUGUACUUGAUAAGACAAUGUAAUUGAAAUGUGCUGCUUAUCUAUUUCAUAUGUUGAGAGAGGACUUUACUGAUUGUAUGACUGUUUGAAUUGAAGAGGAUGUCCUGUAGGUUUAUAAUGUAUAUGCAGUACUAUGUGGUGCUGCAUCUGUGUGUCCACUUAAUCCACUUGUUUGUUUCUUUGUUUCCUAUAUUCUUGUCAUAUGUGAGGACAGCGUCUAACAUACACAAUUCUUUUUAAGACUGUUCAACUUCAGUAAUAACAAAAUUAAAUGAAAUAAAAUGCUGUAUGAAUCAAA